AGAGGCCCGGAGGGAUGGGAGAGAGAGAGCGAGAGAGAUGAAAAAAGUCCGCAAAGAAAGAGAGCUAGUCCUUUAGUAAUCUUAUUCUGGGUUUCUGUCAAAGAAAGAGCCGAGCUUUCACAUCGACGAAGAUGCGGUUGAGACGGAGUAAACAGCGACCGGAUAGUUAGCGUAAGAACUUGUUAGAAGACGGGGAGAACGCUUUCUUCCCCUUUUUGUCUUUAUGUUUUUUGUUUUGUUUUGUUUUUGUUAGCAGUUUUGAGCGCUCCUUAGGGGGCGGGAGGACGGUGCGGGUUUGACCGCUCAGCUCGCUCCACAGCCCCGCCGUCGCUUGGCGGAUAAGCGGGGAAACGGACGCGGAAAGCGAGCACAGACCCCCUCGGAAAAAGCUGCUCCAGAAAGUUUCUCCUGUAGCUCCGCUGAGUUUUCCACGUUGGAAACUAGAGGGGGGGCCGAAGAGAGCGCUCUUCUCCCCACAUCAAACGUGGUUACUGUUGAGCUAACUUCAGUCCAUUGUGCGUCCGACGACAGAAAGAAUGAAAACACCUGGAGAUUCUGGGUUUGCCUUCCCAGAAUGGGCGUAUAAGCCUGAGUCGAGCCCCGGCUCUAGGCAGAUCCAGUUGUGGCAUUUCAUCCUAGAGCUGCUGAGGAAAGAGGAGUACCAUGAUGUCAUCGCCUGGCAGGGGGACUAUGGCGAGUUUGUCAUCAAAGACCCAGAUGAAGUGGCCCGACUGUGGGGGGCCAGGAAGUGUAAACCUCAAAUGAACUACGAUAAGCUGAGCAGAGCACUGAGAUACUACUACAACAAGAGGAUUCUUCAUAAGACCAAAGGCAAGCGGUUCACCUACAAGUUUAACUUCAAUAAGCUGGUUUUAGUCAACUACCCCUUCAUCGACAUGGGCUCCACCGGGAGCAGUGUUCCUCAGAGCGCCCCUCCUGUUCCCACCGGGGCAGGGACCCACUUUCGAUUCCCUCCUUCUACCCCUUCUGAAGUUUUGUCCCCCAAUGAGGAUCUGCGCAGCCCCAGUGGCAUGUACAGCCCCGUUGCCCGACGGAUGGGACGUGGGUCAGUCAGUGAUUGCAGCGACGGCACCUCUGUCAAUUCUGAGGUUGAUGAGGGUAAUACCGGGGCAGGAGAGGAGAGGGGGGGAGAGAGGGGUAUUAGUGCAGGAGGAGGACCUGGUGGGGGAGGAGGAGGUAGCUACCGGAGCAUCAUCCAUCCGCGUCUAUCUCAUGAAUCCCUCUUCCGCAUAUACGGAGGACCAGGCAACCCCACUGGACACCCGGGCUCCCGUGGCGCCACAGGGCACCGUAUCCACCCAGAGCCUCUUUCACCCUUCCCAGUGUCUCCUCUCACAGGCCCUGGAGGAGCUGGUCUUUUAGCCCCUCCACUGUCUCCUGCACUGUCAAUGACACCUACAUCCCACCUCCCAUACACUCCCUCACCUACACUGUCACCCAUGCUAGGGUCCCACUUCUCCUUCAACCCAGAAGACAUGAAGCGUUACCUGCAGGCUCACACCCAGUCGGUGUACAACUACCACCUUAGUCCCAGAGCGUUCCUCCAGUACCCCAACAUCAUCAUCCCUCAGCCCCACCGGCCCACCACAGACAAGAUAGGCCACACCUCGGAGAGGGGAGCAGCGGACAGAGCGGACAGAACAGCAACAGCAGGGGGAGGAGAGAGAGGAGUAGGAGAGUGGCACCUCCAUCCGGCAAUGGCUCACUCCGCCCACCAUCCCCAUCCGCCUCACUCCUCUCACCCUCACCCCCAUUCCCAUCCCAUCCAUCAGCCACUCCACCUGGGUGAGGAGCCUCCACACUUGUCUCCCUUCAAGUUCAAGCUGCAGCCGCCUCCGCUGGGCAGGAAGCAGAGGGAGGGUCAAAGCCAGAAUAAAGCCAGACAGAGCUCCCUCUCCUCAGGAUCUGGAUCUAUGUCCUCCACUUCUGGCCUGGGGUCCUCACUAUCAUUUGGCAGUGAUCUGAGCUCAGCAAGUGGCUCGGGUCUAGUCUCUGCUUCCUCUUCAACACAGUCCCUGAACAGUGCAGGCCUUCCUAAAAUAAAGGUGGAGCCUAUCUCUGAUAUUGAGUCAGAGGAGGAUGUGGAGGUGACCGACAUUAGCGACGAGGACCCAGACGAGAGAGAUGAAGAAUUUGAGCUUUUUUCCCACCGCCACCUUAAAACCCAGGAUCACCACCACCAUCUUGCUAACGGCAGAGCUCCUACCCCACAUCAACCCAAUCCUGAGGAAGACCUGGAUGAGGACGUCUUUAAAACCCCGGCUCCGCCUCCACCUGGCCUGACGCCCUUCUUCACCGUGCAGCACGGCCACUCCAACAUGCAGCGUGGGCCGCCCACCCUCAAGACUGAGCCCACCGAGCAAGUGGACAGCAUCACUCCACCACCUCAGAUGGGCUCAGCAGGAUCUCCCCAAAUCAAGUGUAUCCCCCUGAAGCUGCGUUUCAAGAGGCGCUGGAGUGAAGACCAGCGCAUGGAGGCUUCACAGGAGGAGUCAGAUGAUAAAAAAGUAAGGCCAGAGGAGGAGAGGGAGAAGGAAAGAGAGAGGCAAAGUAACGGGCAGAUGGAGGAGGAUGGGACAGGCGGUGGAGAAGGAGACAGUCCUCUCGCACUGGGUUACGAUGGCUGUGUCACACCGUUGGCCUCACACAGGAGGGUGAGCGCUGAGCUGCAUCGUGCCACGGCACAGCUGUCUCUGGAGAACAAAGACUGCUGAUUAGGAAUGCUGUCCAAACACUAAUGCUCCAGUGGCGCUCGGGGGUACUGCAGGAGUGUGUAAAUGGUCCCACUGUAUUCCUGCUCCAGUACUGACAAACAUGGUGAGGUCGCUGAAAUCUCCACUGAACUUGGGAAGCAAUCUGACAUGCAUACACAUAAAUCGUCACCUCAGAGAAAGUACGACUCUGUCGUUCGUUGCCUGCCUGGGACACGGUGCAGCCAUCCCAGCUGUGUGAACAGCUGGAGUUACGGGAACCUGAUGGAGGCUUCCUCUUUGAGAUUCAAGCUGUCCUCCCACCAAGCCAGUGAAACUUCAGAUGUAAGCCAUACCUCAGUGGCUCAGCUCCUGCCUUCAGUGCCCCCCACCACCACCACUCCCCCACCUCCCACAUCAGCCGAAUCAGCAUUCAAGUCUCCUUAGGGGGUGCAUACUCCUUACAGCACAUAAACAAACCCAGGAUGAUGGGACAUGCAGGUGUUCCUGUAGAGAUGACAGGACUUUGAUAAGUGCCUGUAUCUUAACUCCACAGCCCCGCGGUGACAUGGAGCAGCGGGUGGACCGCUGCUUCAUUCACUCGUGUAACGUUUACCUGUGCUGAUGUCGUAGGUAUCAAAGCGACACAUGCCUCCAAGACUGAAGAGUGGGGCUGUUGGGGUCCCAUUGACCUGACUUGCUAUAAACCCGGCCCACUCAACUCAGGGAAGACUAUUGCUGUAUGUUUAUUGUACUGAGAACCUCAGACACACAAACAAACAAAAAGCACAGCCAACAGUGAGUGGACCCUGAAGACUCACAGCUCAAGCAUUGCUUGUGGAUAUUAACCAUGAAUUGAAAUACUUUCGUCCUAUCUCUGGCACACUGUUCUGUCAAAGUUUAUUUUUUUUUACUUGUUUUGUCUUGCGCUCACUCGAUCCGCUUUCUCUUGUGGGCCACCUGUGGAAAAAUACCAACUCCAGUCACUGAAAUAUGUUAACCCCAGGGAGAAAUAAUCAAGAACCUAAGGAAGGACAAAGUGAAAGAAUGAUACCAUAGAGGGGACCACGGGGGGGUAGAUAAGGGGUCCAAUGUCUGCUAACACAUCUUGCUGUGUAUACUGACUUUAGUGUCCCUGAAAGCACAGAAUUCUAGUUCACCAGCUUAAGCUCCUCUAACAAUCAUAGUCCUGAUGGUAUUAAACCAAACCAGCAAAUACUCAUGCACACUCGUGCACAGCACUGCCUUUAGCUCUUAAUCAUUUAAACAUGGGUCCUGAAUGUGUGAGAGCCUGAGAGAGCAGGGAAUACUUCAGACCUCACAUACAUUGCCUUGUUUUUUAUAGCAUGUACAAAACUGAGCUCUAUAAUAAACACAUGCAGACUAUAUCUUUAUAUAUUCUAAAACAAAUUAUUAAAGUCAGAUUUUAAACAACCAUAGCAUUUUAAUGAUAUGACUUAUUCAGGAUUGUUUUUGGGUUGUUUCUUUUCUUUGUUUUUUAACGUCGUGGCAUGAGAAAGGUUUUGUGAAUGCGUCACGCCACUCCCCAGAGAUGAUGGGAGGAACACCGUGUGGAUGCUGUUCUUUCUUUUUUUGUACACUUGUUUCAUAGACAAACAUAAGACAGGCCAUCACAGGCUUGCAGACGGACUGACAGCUGUGUGGCUCCCUAUGCCGUUCAUUUGCAGUAGCUUGGCCUCAUGCAGCACUCCCCUCCUCGCUGUCUCUACAGUGUAGCUCAUCGGUACGCCCGAGGCGUGCUGACACCAGGCCGCCUCUCUAGCUUGUCUGUGUGUGUUUAGCAGCUCAACUCGUUGGUUAUCAGUCAAGUAGUAAUUCCGUCUUUUCUCUUAGUCCAGUUAUCUUAGUCCAGUUAUGCUCCAAAGUUCACAGUGGCUCUGCAUAAGUGUCUUUGUGGAGGAUAAGGGGUUAAUCAUUAGUGUAAGUAAGCCUGGAAAUCCUGCACGUCUGUCCUCAAAUGCCCUCUCUGUAAACUAUGCACAGACUCCUCAGCACGCAUGGAUUGUCGUUUCCAAAUGACCCCCUCCCCCCGUGAUGCUGUAACAUCUCGGCGUGCUCGGCCUCUCUGCCGGGGGUCUUCUGAUUGGUUGACCGAGUCAUCCUGUCCAGCAGUCUGUCACUGCUGGGUCAGUCACGAGGCUGCUCUAUAGCAGGGAACUGUGAGACAUGACCUCCAGGCAGUCUGCGUAGCUGAGCUGAUCGAAUUUCCUCAUCAGACCCCUGCGGUCUGGACGGGGCCUCACCACAACUCACAAACACAUGCUAACAAGUCCAGUGUCUGUAUUUGAACUGACAGCUGCCUUAUUACUACUUGUCAUAUCAAAGCAACAGAUUCAGCAUCAGCCUACCUGCUCGGCACUCUGUUUUUUGUUUUUUUGUCCCCCCCCUUCCCUCCCCCCUCUCUCUGUCUCUCUCUCUCUCUCUCUGCUUUAAUUUUUUUCCUCACUCAGUUUUAGAUAUUGUGUGAUUUCUAUCACAGACUGAUUGGCCUCUACAGCCACAGCACAGUAGACAAACAGCACAAUAACAAGAGUAAAGGUUUACUUUUCUGUUGUCAAUAUUACUAUUGUCAUUUUGGGUUAUUUGUGUCUUUACCAGGCAUUAUUAUUAUUAAUAUUCCACGGUUCUGUUAGCUGUUGUUUUUUUAAAGUUGUGUACAUCACUUUGGACAGCGUGACGUCCUCCACCCUCUAGUCCCCAUUUCAAACCUUUGCUGUCAUUAGUUCUUACAAAUGUAAUAUAACUAAAGUGUGUAAUAUUAUAAGAGCAGCUGGAAAGGAAGGGGAGGACGCUUUUAUUUAGGGGCAGAGAAGAGUCAUGUUUUUUUUUUUUUUGUCAUGUAUUGUAAUUUUUAUUUUAUAAUGCUCUUUUCUUUUGUGCUCAUGUAUAUUUCUUUCAUUUUGGGGAUGAUAAUUUUAAAAGAAGAAAAAAGUUGUCGUGUAUUGUUUUCCUAUGUAAAUUGUCUAUCUUCUCCGGCUUUAGGCCUCGUCUCUGCAGCAGUUACAUAACACUCAGAGGGAGAGAUGAGAGUCAACAUCAUGACAUAACAUGGAAUUUCUUCUCUUCUUUUGUUUUUCAAACUUGUAAUUAAGCUGUAAUCAGGGUUAAUUAAAACCAUUUAAAAAUCCAA